AUGGUACCCCCAAAACCGCCAAUAGCGCCUUCAGCGAAACCAGUCUUUGGAGCGCAUUUUGAUGCUUGGAAUUCAUCAGCGACAGGGCAUCAACGGGCAGAAAAUAGAAUAGGUUGCUCGACAGGGUGGAGGGAAUCUCGGGCAAUGAAGCUAGGUCACCAGUUCAAGUCUGCCGGUACAGGUGGCAAAAGGAUCUCCAACAGAGUUGGGGCAGGAUCUGAAGGCUGGGAUGAAAAAGCGAAUGGUCUGAUUCCAAAAGAAGUCAAGGCAAGGGCGAGACAAAGUGUCAGUGAUAUGCUGGUGGGGAAACCGGGCUUACCGAUGAGCGUUGAAGAACGAUUGAUGGAGAUGCGGAGACUCGAAGAUGAUAAGAAAGUGGAAGAGGAGGAUCUGGCCCGAAAGUCUAGAGGCAUUUUUGAUGAGCUGGUCAUCUACAUCAACGGGAGUACAUAUCCAAUGGUCUCGGACCACAAGCUCAAGCAACUGCUGGCAGAGAAUGGAGCACGGAUGUCGAUGCAUCUGGGCAGACGUCAAGUAACCCACGUCAUCUUGGGUAAACCUUCACAAGGUAUGGGGAGUGGAGGUGGAGGUGGUUUGGCUGGGGGGAAGUUGGAGAAAGAAAUACGGAGGAUUGGUGGUUGUGGAGUCAAAUAUGUCGGUGUAGAGUGGGUACUAGAAAGCAUCAAGGCCGGGAAAAGAUUGUCCGAGACGCGGUUCUCGAACCUUAAGGUGGCUCCAAAAGGCCAGCGGAGCGUUUAUGGCAUGUUCAAGAAUACGGCCAACGUGGAUUAA